UUUUAAUAAAAAAAAACCUUUUGUAAUUUUUUGCACCGGCGAUGAAGUCUGUAUCCUCUCUACCGGCGAUGAUGUCCGCCGCAGCAACUCCUCCGCUGACGAAUUUCACGGCCACGACUGCUUCACGGCCUGCGGUCCCCUCGAUCCAGUGUAACUUGCUGUUCUAUGAUAGACAUCACGUUUACUCUCAUAAAAAGUAUUCCAAAAAUGGAAUUACCAUUAAGUAUACAGAUCUCCCCAAGCACAUCAGACCAGAAAAGGGAUAUUCUUCAUCAAGUGUUCGAGGCACCAUUUAUUGUUCAAAUCAUAAGGAAAGAAAUGUUGGCUUGCCUUCUGAUCAUAUCGCAGUUGGUGCAAAAGUGAUUUAUGCUGCUGCUCCUGCAAUGGGUCAUAAUCAGGUCUUUGUUUUUGGGAAUAUCUAUUUCUUGGAAUUCAGUCACUAAAAAUUUUCAGGAAUCACAUCCAGAAUGCAACUCUAGAGUUCCUGCAAUUUUGACAGCUCUGGAAAAGAUGAAUUUGACUUCAAAGUUUCGAGGCUCAGAUGUUGUUGAAGUGCAGAAUUUCAGACCAGCUACAACAGAUGACAUAGAAAGUGUUCAUGUUGGGCCCUAUGUUUCAGGGCUUGAGAAGGCUAUGGAUCAAGCUUUAGAGAAAGGUCUAAUUUUCAUUGAUGGAUCUGGACCCACAUAUGCUACUGCCACAACAUUCCAAGAGUCGUUAUUGGCAGCUGGAGCUGGGAUUUCCUUGGUUGAUUCAGUGGUUGCAGCAUCCAGAGUAAGCAAAGAUCCUCCUGUCGCUUUUGCACUAAUUCGACCUCCUGGUCACCAUGCUGUUCCGAAGGGGGCCAUGGGCUUUUGUGUGUUUGGAAAUAUUGCUAUUGCUGCUCGUUAUGCUCAAAGAAUGCAUGGAUUGCAACGUGUUUUUAUCAUAGACUUUGAUGUCCAUCAUGGAAAUGGAACCAAUGAUGCCUUCUACGAGGACCCAGAUAUAUUUUUCCUUUCAACUCACCAAGCUGGAAGUUAUCCAGGAACGGGUAAGAUAGAUCAAAUUGGUUGUGGAAGUGGUGAAGGAUCAACACUAAACCUCCCUUUACCUGGAGGAUCCGGUGAUACAGCAAUGCGAACAGUUUUUGAUGAAGUUAUUGUACCGUGUGCUCAAAGGUUCAAGCCAGAUAUAAUCCUUGUUUCAGCUGGGUAUGAUGCCCAUCUGUUGGAUCCACUUGCCAGCUUACAGUUCACAACAGGAACAUAUUACAUGCUAGCCUCCAGCAUUAAGCAACUUGCUAAAGAUUUAUGUGGGGGACGUUGCGUGUUUUUCUUAGAAGGGGGAUAUAAUCUCAGUUCUCUGUCAAAUUCAGUUGCAGAAUCAUUUCGUGCUUUUCUUGGUGAUCGGAGCUUAGCUUCAGAGCUCGAUGAUCCAUCCUACUUGCACGAAGAGCCAUUGAAGAAGGUGAAGCAGAUUAUUGAAAAAGUGAAGCACAUACAUUCCUUUUGAAAGCUUAUAUUGGCAGUGGUCAAGAAUUAUUAUACAGCUUUGUAUAGGACACCAUGACUUUUCUAUAAUUUGUAUACAGCUUUGUUUAGUAUAUACACAUAUAAAUUAUAUUGAUGUUGUAAAUUCGUAACAAAAAUUUGUUUAAAAGUACAAAGCUAAAAUUGAUGAACGUCCAUUCUGUUUAA